AUGCGGCGAUGUACAUGUGGUUUGUUAACACUUCGUAGUCUACACACUGUUGGGCCAUCCACACAACGGCCAGUCAUUUCCCACAGAAGUGAAGAAGAUAUCAGCCAUAAAGGCAAUGAUGGUAAUAAACAAACAGAAGAAGAAAAGGAAAAAGAGGAAGAUGGGAAAGUAAAAGAAUUCCCUCAUCUUUCUUCAGUGAAGAAGCUAAAUGAAGAAGAAAAAGAAGAAGCAUCAAGAAAUAUUUCACGUACGGUUCCACGCAGUAGUAUGAGUAACCUUUUACAGAUGAUCGCCCAGCGUAAAGAUGUGGUGAAUAAAAAGAAGAAAAAUAACAACAAUGAUAGAAGGGAUAAUAAUAAUAAUAAUAAUAAUAAUAAUAAUAAUAAUAAUAAUAAAAUAUCAUCAUCAUCAUCAUUAUCGUUAUCCACAUCAGAUGGAUGUACUUAUGUGGCACAAAUCUUUACUUCUGCUUCUAAUGUACAUACCACGAAUUCACUGCGUCAUCACACCACUACAGCAAAGCGUACAAAUAAUAAAAAGAAAGUUAAUACAACUCCCCAAUUACAAUCAUCAUCAUCAUUAAAGAAUCCUAUGGUCGUCUCAGCAACUCUUGUAGAAAAGCUUCGAAGAAAUGUUCUUCAUAAACGACUUAAUUGGAGAAAAAUGGUAAGUAUACAUCCAUCACUACAAAGACUCCCCGUUUGGCAACAACGCCCAUCAUGGGGAAUACAUUUUCUUCCAUCUUCUGCACUUCCCAUACCACAACAAGAUGGACCUGCUCUUUUUGUUUGUAGUGCACCUACUGGUUGUGGAAAGAGUAGUUUAGUGCCUUUAAUGCUGCUGGACGCACAUUGGGAACGUCUGCUACAGCGCAUUGAUGCCCCGAUGAAUAUUAAUAAUCGUGGAAAUGGAUUAACACCACCGUUACCGUUUGCAUCUGCAACAGAAAAUAAUAAUAAUAAUAAUAAUAAUAAUAAUAAUAAUAAUAAUAGCAGUAGUGGUGGUGGUGGGGUACGUGCGUAUGUGACGGAGUUUGCUGCGAGUAGUCGUGUGUGUAUUGUUGUCUCGCAGCCAACACGACUAGCCUGUAAGGAACUGGCAGAAUUCACCGCAUCUCUUAUAGCCUCUUCUUCUUCAUCAUCAUCGUCAUUAUUAUUAUCAUCAGAAGAAGAAGAAAAAGAAAAAGAAAGAGGAGGAAGAAAAGGAGGAGAAGAAUCCAUCUCUGGAAUAGGAGAGGUGGGAGGUCGUGUGGGUUAUGCUGUUGGUGGUGAUGUUUGUUUCUCUGCGGCGACGGAAAUUAUCUUUGCAACUCCUGGUUUUAUCGUAAAUGCACUUCAACAUCAAAAUAAAAUGUUUUCACCCACAACACUUGUGAUUGAUGAGGUACAUUGUCGUGAUAUGGAAACAGAUAUGUUGUUAGCAUGGGCAAGACAACAGUUAUUUGAGAAGCCACACUGCACUUCUGUAGGACUUCGUCAAUUAGUGUUGAUGUCCGCUACAUUACCGGUAGAACAGAUGGUGGCUUUUCUCACUUCAGAGUAUUGUAAUGGAAUGGAAGAAUCUACAGGGAAAGGAAUAAUCACAAAAGCAGAAAAAGAUGAAAAAGAUGGAAAAGAAGAAGAAGUAGUUGAAGGAGAAGAGGAAAAAGAAAGAGAAGGAAGAAGAAGAAGAAAAAGAAAAGCAGGAGUAAAGAAAACUCCACAAAUUCUUCUUAUUGAUAAUGUCUUUAACCGACAGAGAGAUAUGAAUGCUAAUGAUGCCUCUUCAAAUACGAUUGCCAUUCAUCCAUUUCGCAUUGAAGAAUAUUUUAUCGAUGAUCUCCCUGACGAGAUUGGAAAAUCGCAAGUCUUACACAACACAACUGCACAGAAAAGCUCUGGACUCUCCACAAGUGAAUCAUCUCCACUAUUCUCAGCUCCUGCACGGCGGGUGAUGGCAUCACUUGGACAUUACUUUUCAUAUACGAGAUUUGGAGCUGAAUUCCAUACUCCACAGGCACGAACAUUAGCACAGUUUGUUCUCUUUAUUUUACAAACGUUUGCGUCAACUUCACGGAAAUCGAUAACGACUAGUAAGAAGCAGAAGCAGGAAGAAAAAGAAAAAGGAAAAGAAGAACAUCAUCCGGAGAGUAUUCUGGUGUUUUUACCAGGUUUUGCAGAGAUUUCACUAGUACUGCAGUCACUGGAGUUGUUGUGUCAAACCGUAGAUGUAGGGGCCGUUGGAGGAUCUCAUCGACAAGUCACCCCUAACAACAACAACAGUAAUAAUGAUAAUAAUAAUAAUAAUAAUAAUAAUAAUAAUAAUAAUAAUAGUGCCAAUAUUUCUAGUAGUACGGGAGGAAAUGGUAAUGUAAUUCUUCUUCAGUAUGAACAUUGGUGUUUCUCCGUUGCCCUUCUUCACUCCACUGCUAUUGGCAGUCCACAGCAGCAAUUACACGAUACGGCGGCUGUUAAUCUUUCCCAUCGUAUUAUUCUCUCCACCACCGUUGCGGAGAGUUCCGUGACGAUUCCAAAUGUUCGCUGUGUUGUGGAUUCUUGUCUGGAGCGUUCUUUUAUUUCCGAUCCACUCACUGGUGUGGUGCUGCGGCGCACAACUCUUGUGAAGAACGGCAGUGGACUCCAACGUGGGGGCCGUACGGGGCGUACAUGUGAUGGACUCGUUGUGCGACUCGCCCCUCGUCGUUUCUUUUAUUCCGCACGAAUAAAGAAUAAUAAUAAUAAUAAUAAUAAUAAUAAUAAUAAUAAUAAUAAUAAUAAUAAUAAUAAUGCAUUCUCUUUGGAUGGUGAUAGUGGGGCAGUGAAUACACCGGCGGUGUUGUUGCGGGUGAAACAUUUAUUUCCAACACGGCCGAGUGCGUUGGUGCGUUAUUUACCGUAUCCACCCACUGCCGCUGCGAUGAGGUGUGGACUACAACAACUAGAGGAAUUGGGUCUUCUGCGGAUAUCAGGAAAUAAUAAUAAUAAUAAUAAUAAUAAUAAUAAUAAUAAAGAUUUAUACGAAAUCUUUCAUUAUUACGAUAAGGCGAGUUUAACCGCUAAAGGAGAAUUUGUGGCGUAUCUUCCCAUCCCAUACAAUCAGGCGUUAUUACUUUAUUUUGCUUUACAGUUUGCAUGUUUAGAAGAUGCUGUAUUGAUUGCCUGUGCAAUGACUGUACCAACACUCCUCACAUCUCCACGCAUGACAGCUCAAGGUGAAAGUGGAACUCAAACACAAACACCAGCUAUUCAUUAUCUUCAGUCUCUACAAUCACAACGUGAACUGGCAAGAGUAGGAGGAAAAGACGAAAAAAAAGAAAAAGAAAAAAAUGAAGAUGGUGAUGAUAAUAGUGAUGAUGUGAAUGGAAAUGGUAAUGAGUAUCAUCUAAGUGAACCACUUAUGCUUUUAUCCUUAUUACGUGAGUGGUAUGCGUGUACAAACACACCAGAUGUUGUGGAGUUUCAACGUAAAUACCGCGUCAAUCGAAGUUCUCUCCGUCUUGUGGAUAAUACCGUCGCUCUCUGUGCCUCACGUUUAUAUCGUCUUAUUCGACUUGAUAAUAAUAAUAAUAAUAACAAUAAUAUUAAUAAUAAUAAUUCAAAGAAUAGCAUCAAGUCUACUCACAGUCAAGGUACGGAUGGUAAUAUUAAUAGUAGUGAUAAUAAUACGAAUUAUACAAAAGAAGAGGAAGAGGAAUUGUAUGGAGAACAUGAUAUCGCUGUACGUAAGCCCAGCACAGAGGCAUUGGAAGAACUUAUUGGUACGGCAUUUCCACAAACAUACCGUACAUUAUUAGCAAACUCACUAUUUCGAUUACACCGUUGUGCCUAUGAACAUGCCCGUCAUCGAUUAUCACAGAAGUCUGGUACCAUGACUCACUGGUAUCCAUAUGAUGAACAACUUAUUCGACAAUUACAACAAACUCUCUCUACUACUACUACUACUACUACUACUACUACUACUAGUAGUAGUAGUGGAAAUGCAAAAAAAGAUUCUCUUUAUUCACAUCAUCUUAAUAGUAAUAAGAAUCUAAAUAAGAUACGAGAUAUUGAAAGUGGAUCGCAUAUUAUGUUUGGAACCGUCCAACAUCGUUUAGCAGCAGCCUUUGUCGCUGCCUUUGCGAGAAAUACCAUGCGGGGUGAAGAUGGAUCUCAUCGUUUACAUCACCGGCGGCUUCUGCGGAAUUUAGGUGGAUUGCAGGAGGAGAAUACACAGCAUACCUGUUCUUUUACUGUAGAUCUUCAUACAAACCAAUCAUCCCAACAGAAUGGGCGUCGAGCGAUAUUGUAUGAUCGUUUAACACCAGAGGCUUUACGAAAUGUGUUGGAACCGUAUCUUCUCGGAACGAAUCUUUCUCAAAUGGAUCUCUUCUCAAGCGGACGAUCCGCCAUUGCACAGUUUAGUCAUGAAAAGAAGGAUAAUAAUAAUAAUAAUAAUAAUAAUAAUAAUAAUGAGAAGAAUGAAAACGUUUCAGAAGAUCUGAAGAAAUGCAAAGAAGAAGAAUUAAUGAAACCUCAUGUAUUACCGUUUGAACAAGGCAUUGUAGCUCCAACAAACGCUGGUGUUGUUUUGGCUCAUAUUGGUAUUAGUUUACUUGUUUCUAUACAAGGAGCAUUAACACGUCUAGCCCUGUUAUUACCCCCAUCCACAACUCCUGUAAACAAUAGCAAGAUGGAUAUAAAUUGUUUGGGUGCUGCUGCUGCUGCUGUGGGGAUAAACGCUGAGAAGAGGAAUUCUAACGUUGGUAAUGUGGAAACUGUUCCUACCACACAAGGCGAGUUAAGGGGUAUUCAUCUCAGAGAUCCUAAUAGUAGUAGAAAUAAUAAUAAUAAUAAUAAUAAUAAUAAUAAUAAUAAUAAUAAUAGACAUCGUAUUCGUUUCUCUACUCUGCGGUCUGAGAGUGAUGGUGGCGAGGAGGAUGUGCGGGUGAUGUGGAAUGAUAGUUACGGCCGUGCGUGUGUGUUGCUCCGCAGUGAUGUGAGGCGUGCGGGAUAUGAUGAAUUCUUCCCAACACCAUUCUCUUCUUCUGAUGAAAACCCAUCAUCAUUAUUAUCAUCAUCAUCUUUAUUAUCAGUAUCAUCACAACAACAACAACUGGGAGAUAUAAAGAAAGAUGAAACUACUAUGAUGACAACGGGGAGUUCUCCCAAUAAUAAUAAUAAUAAUAAUAAUAGUGAAGAAGAAGAAAAGGAGGAGGAACACGCACUGUUGAGUGUACAGCGUGUUACUUUCACUCGUGCUGUCUAUUGGAAAGUAACACUUCCCACAUUACGGCAACAUCCUUCUGUGAAUCCUUAUUUAUCUUCAUCAUCAUCUUAUUCUUCAGAAAAAGAAGAAAAAGAGACGUUAACUUCAAGAGGAGAUGCGGUGGAUAAUUUCUAUUGUUUGGUUUGUCACAGUACGUGGGCCCACACCACUGCCUUUCACUCACACUGUCGAACGGCCGCACAUCUUUCUCGACUCGCAGUUGCCGUGCAAUUCCGCAUUCGUCGUGAAUGGAUGGAGACGUUUAGUAGAGGCUCACUUUCCGAUCUCCUGCGUAGACACAGCCAUCAUCAUCAUAAGGAUAAUAAGAAUAAUCUAAUGAUGAUAAUGAAAGGUGAUAAGAAGGAUAAUAGUAUGAUUAAUUCUCAUUCUCAUCUUAAUCAUAUUGAUAGUGAUAUUGAUAGUGGGAUGGAGGUGGAACUACGUCAUUGCAUGAUAUCUCCCUUAUCUUAUUUAAAUGCCUUGCAGUGGUGUCCACGUGGUGAUACGGCUUCUAGUGUUAUGCCUAUUGCCAUUGCAGGUUCACUUAUUGCCUAUUUAACCCCAACAACAACACAAACAAUAUCAUCAUCAUCAACUCUUAUAUCUUCUGAUCAUAGUUUACCUUUACAAGCAUUACAUGUUUGGGUGAUGGAUACAGAGAGAGUCUCCACUACAUCUUUAGUAGAACCACCACUGGCCUUAUUUGUGUUGGCGGGUUAUCUUGCGGCUUCCGCAUCUUUUUUUGAUGCGGCGUUAUUAAUGAAUGAAGAUCAUUCCCGUGUAUUUGCUGUGAUGUUGUAUGAUUGGGGUGUUUGGCGUUUUCCAUCACCAUUACACCGCAGUCAACUUCAUAGUGUUCUCCGUGUAUUUGCGGGAAAACCAUGGCGUGGGGUUGUUUCCCUUACAUCUACACAAGAUUCUUCUAUCUAUACAAGUAAUAUAGAUAAAGAUAAUACAGUAGAUAAUGGUGGAUUGCAUUGGUGUACAGCUACAGAUGUUUGUCCACAAUGUACAUACUGUGGAAGUAGUGGAAAUGCGGAAAAAGAAAAACAAGAAUCUUCAUUAUUAUCGUUAUCAUCAUCAUCUUCACUAUCAUUAUCAUCAACAUUAUCUGUGGAGGAAGUGGUCGCAAGUACACUCUUGUUGGUUUUGCAUGAAUACAGAAACUCUAGACGAAAUGUGAUAAGCUUUGCAGAUUAUAUACAGCGGGUGGUGGCCAAGUUAACAACCUGGUCCACCACACCUAAACGACCAAUCUCAACAAGAGGAAAAACAAUCUCAACAACAGGAAAACGAAUAACAACAACAAUAGGAUUAACAGAAUCUCGUAGUGGUGCGGAACUAUUAGCGCAAUUUGUCGCUAGACGACAGAAUCAACCACUGGAGUCUCUACUGCGUAGUAUUGGAUGUCAGUUUCUUACCCCACCUACAGGACUCCUAAACCAUACGAAUAAUAAUAAUAAUAAUAAUAAUAGUGCUGUUGGUAAUAUGGAUAAGAAAGAUAAUGAUAAUAAUACACAUAUCUCUUCUUCUUCUUCUCCAUGUACACCACCUGCGGUGUUAUUCGGCAACCGGGCAUUAGCAGCGGAAGGGGCCACAAAUGAGAAAUUAUUUCUUCUCCCAACAGUACUGCCGAGUUAUCUUCCAUCUCCAGACUUUGCGGUGAUACUCCAACAGCAUAGAGAAAGUAUGCGGAAUCAUUCAACGGAUGAUCAUCAUCAUAAUAAUCAAAAGAAGGUACCGUUGGGAAGUAGUGAAAAGUCAAAAACAGUACAGCAGCCGUCAUUCUAA